GUUCACAGUGGUAAGCUGCAUGGCCACCUUGAGGACAAAAGCUGGCAGCCGCUGACGUGGCUGGCUGGGGCGUUUACGGUGCCUCUUACGCUGUCGCAAAUAUGAGUGUAAAAUUUUGUCAACAGUGUGCUAAAAUGCCUACUGAAGUAAAGCAGAGGAAGAAGACUCAAAAGCAAAGUGAUGAAGGGUCUGAAAGGUCCGCUACAAAUAGCAAAGAUGAAGCGCAGAAAGUGAAGAUGGAAACUGGAAACAUCCCAGGAGCACAUAAAACGUCCUCGAGUUUGGAUAUUAGAAGUAUAUUGUGCUUACUGUCGCUUGCAGCCUGCGGGGCUCUUAGUUGGGUGGUGCUACAACAGAAUGGGAGGUUUUCCGAAAUUGAAGAAAAGUACAGAGUUUUACACGGGAAGACUUCAAGUCUGUUCGACAUGGAGGAAGAAGUCCUGAAGGUUUCUAAAAAGUGUCAGAGCGUCCAGCCAAUGCUGGAGGGUCUCGGGGGCCAGCGGGGGGCUCUGCAGCCACAGCUGGAGGGUUUUGAGCAGGAUGUGAAUCGGUUGAAGGAGUGGGCCUCUGGGUUGACUGAGAAAAGAGCUCAGCUUCAGACCAGCCUAACCGCGCUGAGAGACGCAGUGGGACAGAUCGAAGAACGCACGUCAGCCAUUGCAAAGGACUUUGCCAACAAGGUGGCGUCAGUGAGGACAGACGUGCGCAGGAUGGACGGCCUGCGGUCUGAGCUGGAGUCCCUGCUGACUCAGGUAGGGGAGCUGGAAGACAAGACCGCUCAGGUGGAGCACAGCAUGGUGAAACGCAUCGGGGAUGUUCUGGCCAGCAGCAUUGACCGAGUAUCAAAUCUCCGCGCUGCAUCCGAACGCAACUCUCAGGCCUUAGAGCAGCUUCGCAGACGCAUCCCUGAACUCACCGCCUCUGACAAACGGAUCUCUGAGCGCUUGAACGAACUAGAGAGUGGCAGAGCUCGGCUAAUAAGAACUGUGACCUUCGCCAGCGACCUUAAACCGAAGGUUGCUGCCAUUAAGAGGGACUUUGGGGCGUUUGAGCCUCAGCUGUCAGACCUGACUCUGCGGAUUGGAAGACUGGCAGAGGAUCUUACCAAGAGAGAGCAGGAGAUCACUGAACUGAGACAGACAUUGGCUAACCUCACUGCUGUAGAGGGAGAUUUAGGUGUUACAACUAAACAGGUUCGUGAAAUAGCUGAUAUAUCUGAUAGUGGAGAGAUGCACAGGCCGACAUGAGAAGACGAGUGGAGAGGUAGUCUUCUUUUGGCUUUUCUAUUCAGCAAUUUCAUCUGGCCAACUGUCCUACUACUGCUUAGAACAAACUGGUUUAUUACAAAUUAAAUAAAUAUGAAACUUUGUCUACCAAACUCUGACAGUCUGAUCAGUCUUAAAGCACAAAGCUGGUAACCUGAACCGAUUUAAGAAGAAUGAGUGUGAACAAUCUGGCAGCUAGUCUGUCAGCAUUUCUAACAUCUGCAACAUGUUUUUGAAGUUUGCUCAUGACAACAAUUGUGUCCUGUGUUGGCCACUGUCCAACUAUAUCAGUGUUACCUGUUUGACAUUUGACUACUUUAUUGUUUUUCCACUGUGCUAAACAUUUAAUUUCUUUUCAGAUACCACUCUUGUGUCUUUACAGUAAAUAUGAAGCUACAGCUAGCAGACUGAAAAAAAUAACAGUAAAAUAACCCCCCCUUCUCCCAUUAGAAAGUUGAAUAGUUGUUUUACACUUUGAUUUUUAUAGGUUUACAGAUAAAACUAACAAUAACAUGUCAAUAAUUGAGCUUUAGAGGUGCUUAUUUGCAGGUUUUCUUGCCUUCGGACAGAGCCUGUUUCCAGUAUUUAUGCUAAGCUAAGUGGCUACUGGGUGGAGCUUUAUACAGUCAAGAGAGUGGAAUCAAUCUGCUCAUCUGAAUAUUGACAAGAAAGCUAAUAAGUGUAUGGGUCAAAGCUCCAGCAAUUCUUGUAUUAGAAAGUGGGUUCAGCUUGUGGCUGAGAGCCUGAAGAUUUUAUAAACACAUUGUUGGAGUUUUGACCCCUUAAGACUACUUACACUACUAUACACUAUGUUCUAACCUGGAGAAAAGCUUGUCACCUUUACCAAGUGUGUUUCAAGAAAUUCCAGUUUGUAACCAAAACUAUGUAAGCGCACUUCUAAGCCUCUCCCAGGGCCUCUACGUUCCUUAAAGGGUUUAUUAGCAUACAAAUGCCUUCCAGCUAAAUAGAUAACUUUGAGUUGUUCUGGUGAAGUGGCCACACAACUGCAACCCCAGGCUUUCAACAAGGGAGCACAUUUCUGCAGAACACUUGUGAGAGAGUCAAAACUCAAACGACAUGUUAUCUGUCACUGCGGUGUGCAGAUGAAAGAGCUCAGCGUGUGGAAUUAAGUCUUUAAGAGGUGGAGAAUCAUCGCUUGACUCCUCAUGUGUGAGUAGGUCUGUGUAAUAAAUGGAGCUUUAAGUGA